AGUGGUCUUUAUUGUCGAAAAGAUUGGGUUAGUUAAGACAAUGGUCUCUUCUGAUCUAAACUUGAAAUACAUGAAGCAAUACUGUCAGGUUUGUACAGGUAGACAUAGCCUACAUCCUGGUUAAUGGUCCAGCAUUAUUCAUCAGCUUAUUCAAUGUCUUAAUGUCUGUCUACUUCUAAAAUGCUGUCGUAUCUUGUUACACUUUACUAACAAGAUAUGUUUAUCUCUUUCGUAAUUAUGUGAGUGGAAGUAAUUUCUAACACUGGGGUUUUAGACAUUUUACCUUAAGUUAUACUGCUUUCUCUCUCUUCUACUGCAUUAAUCUUUAAGUUGUGCUCUCUUGGUAGAUUUCUUUAAGGUUUUUCGUAAGAAUUUCAGAACAGUAACAUUUGAUUCAGAAUCUGCUGUUAAAAAAGAAAUAAGCAGCUUCAACAAAAAUGGAAGAGGCUGAGAUCAGUAAUAUUGUAACCAGAAGCAACUGCUAAAGUAAGAUUGACCACAGUACUGUGGCCAAUGUUCCUAAUUACACAAAUAAAAACACAAAUUGAAUCUUGGGUCUGCUACUACUCUGUGCCUGUCCCUUGCAAGAGGCUGAGGAGUCUGCCCAGAUACAAACUAGGGGAAACAAACCCUUAACUCCAUGCUGUAGGUUAGAUUAGUCAUUCCAGAUGGACUGACGUGCUGAGGAACAUGCUGCAUCUUUAAGUGCAAACAAAUAGACCUUUUUUUAAAAAAAAAACAAAACACUUAAGCAUAGUGCAAUACAGAAACUACAUUUUCUGCAUGUAGAAACAACAGUGCUAAAUAGCACCAGCUGUUGUGACUGAGUACAAACUUGCUGUGAACUCUCAUACUGUCAUAGACUAGUGCUCAGUCUGUCAUUUUACUUACCAGAACUUAAAGCAUAUUUUUUCCUCCCUUGGAAAAUGAGACACUUUGAUUUGCUCAUUUAAGUAUCUGUUUACUUAAAUGGUUAAAAUGAAAGAGUACCUACUGUACCUUUUGCUCAAUACCAGAAGCUUUCCAGCUUCACAUUUCUAAUCCUUUUCAAUUCUCCCCCCUUUUCUCCUCCCUUCUCUGAUACUCAGGGCUAAGCAUGCCAGUUUCUAGGGCUUCGGGCCUGGUGCAGUACUGCACACAGCAGAGGGCAGCCAGCUGUGCAGCAGGAUGCACUGCUUCCAGCAGGAGCCACUGCCUGCAGCAGCAGCAGGAAGAAGACAGCAGCAGCAGAUGGCCAUUAAACAGGCUUAUGACACAUGAGGGAAUGCUUCAUGCCAAAAGCAGCUCAAAAGCUGUAGCUCACAGUGUUUCCCAUGCUGGUUUUGCUCAUACUUAAAACACCCGUGGUGUCUUUGACCACUUUAUUUCCUCCCUUCAUCUUGUCUACUUUACAACUUUUAGUCUCUUCAGCAAUACUUUGAGAAUGGGAUUUAAAGAUCAUGACUGAAAGCAGCAAGGAGUAACAGUGCAGGAGAUGUGUAAGCCUGAAGGACAUGAUCUGCCUAGAAGAAUAAGCCAAGAUCACAGUUAAGUUCUUUACCAUAUUGGUCAAUGCCUGCCUCAAAAUUUGAAAGUCAUGUCCCUGUAUCGCCGGCACAGACUGGAAUCCUACUCUUGUGGUCAGUUAGACCUGCGAGAGCAGAAAGGUACUGUUGUACCCUUUCAGCUUGCUGGAAGGUUGCAGAUGAGUACUGAGAUAUUUCAGGCUGAUCCUUCAGAGGUAGUGCCUGCACUUCUGCUCGAUUCUCAGAGCUGCGGGGGCUCAACGCUCCUGAAAAAAAAGCAGCCUGGAACAGCCGGAGAGGUUCAGAAGACACCGUUUGUUUCAGGCAGCAGCUGUGGUUAGGGGGUUUCAUGCCAAAGUUUAGUUUACCUUAAGCUUAGGGUUAGCAGCAUUCACCUUUUGGAGAGGUUAGUCAAUAUCUGAAUUUUCCACACAAACGUUAAAUACUUCUAGAAGUUCCACAAGCAAGGUGGUACAAAAGCAUUCAUGUGGCCAAGCAGCAAGUUCCGUGUCACCUUGUACCUCAGCCUUCACGCAGCACUGUCUACCAAAGUUAAAUGGUCUUCUCUGGACCGAAACAACUUUCAGACUGCAAUAGGAAAGUCAGUACUCAGUUCAGGCAGAUGAGGAAUGGCCUGGAGUUAGAACAGCUCACUGCAGCAGAUACCUUUCCGGCAAACAAGUGCCCUUCUUCCAAAACUUAGCAUCGAUAUAUGCCAGUAUCUCAGUAUUCAGUCACAUCUUUGAAUGGCAAAGAAGUUACAAGAAUGCAAGAGCACCACCAUCACCAACAAAACAACAAUGAAAAAAAAAAGCACAUGCUGCAUGGAAAGGCUUCUUUCCCCUUUUUCAAAGGGCCUAUUAUUGUGACUAAAGAUACAGUGUGGUAAUUAUACAGAUGCUUGGCAGAGACAUCAGCUAGUGUUUGUUUUGGGUGGGAAAAAAACAGUUGUAAGUACGAAGUCAUGGUUAAACAUGAAUAAGCACAAUUGUUCACCUUUUCAAGGGUUUUAAGAACGUCUAGCGUGGCCUUACCACGUUUAAGGAAUAUUUUGUUCCAGAGUACUGAUCAGCUCUCCUGAAAUUUCAUUUUAGUAUUAGAACAGCCUGACUGAGCUGUCAGUCCCCCAUCUCUGACAGCAAAAGCUGUUUUGCUUUAUGAUUUACAGGCUUGUCUUUGACUUACUGUUGCGGUAUCCCCCCCCCACCCUCCCCCUUUAAUCAUGAUAAAUCUCUUCUAAAUGCAGUCUACUUUUUAAUCUCAUCCAGCUCCUCCUGGUUUCCCUGUCUGAGAUACCCCCUUGUGCCAACCUCAUCCUACACACUGGUGUGAGCAGCUACUCGAAGCCCUCCCUGAUACUGUAGGUGGGCUCUGAGACAUGCAGUGCCAGAGCAGUACUAGGAAGCGACAGGCACAGUGGCAGCGGAGACAUCCCAUUUAUUCCUUGAUGUAUUUUGCUCAAUCAGGCCUAAGAACAAGGAUCAGAGCAGCAUUUGUACUUUGCCAGUAAUAACACGAUCAAAUGGAUGUUCUGUUUUCGCCCAGACUGUAAAAGCAUUCUUCUUGACCAGGAUAAAGUGUUUAAAUUUUAAAAAUAAAUGGUAUUUGGGUAAAAUUACUACAUAGAGCAGAACAGCUCUAGAAAAAAAAUGUAAAGAGCACCAGAAAAUGAAGUGGUUCCCCACUUACUCCUAAAACUAGGGUACUGUCUGGAGUUUGGGGGCAACAAGUGAACUGAGCAUCUGAUAUCCCACAUAUUUAGGCAGGAUUUCUCCAUGGGACCACAAUUUUAUCUCAAAUUUCUGAGUCUCCUUGCCCUGACACACAUAAAAACAAGUAAUUAAAACAGCUAGUAGCACAAGCAAGUGUCAAAUCGUAUGUUUUGGACAACAGGUUUAGCUGUAAGGGAUGUCUAUCCAUCCUUCUAUAGCUGUUUCCCAGAGAGGCUAGACACUCAAGGAGAGGUCUGGUCAUAGCCCAUAGCCAGGUUUGUCUGUCCUUUCUACCAGAAUCAGGUCCCAACCUCACCUGAAGUUUGAGGUGCUAAUGCACCACAGGUUAGAUGGCUUAGCUGAACGAGAGCAGUAGAUCUCAGCCUUCUGAGUUUCACUGCACAAUUACUUUGUUUUUCAGUCUUACCAGAUAACCAACCAUCUGUAACUAGAUUACUUUCUAAAAUGAGGUACCUGUUAGCUUUUAAAUAGAUGGUUUUCUUAUAGGUGGAGUCUGCUUAUGCUUCACUUUUACAGCCUUGUAUUUCAUAGUUCAGCAACCUGCCACAAGAUUCAGAUUCCUCCAUAACACACUGAAUGGAGAAUUGUGGAGGAGCAUCAUGGCCCGCAGCCACUUAUUACAUAAGAUGUCCAAUUUCAAAAGCCAGAUUUAUCCCCAGCGUAAUUCUGUCAGCGUCAGUGAUUUGCACCGGGACCGUUUGGUUUGAGACCCCAAACGUGCAAAGAAAACCUGCAAGCUCCGGUCCCCAGCAAGCGGUAAUAUCGGUGGAUCGUGUAUGCAGUAGUGCAUCCAAGAGGCGCUCGGGUUUCGGGCAGCAGGUAGCGCCUCCGAAGCGAAGGCGAGCCGCUCUGUCGGGGACUCGCACCGCGAAGCUCGCCGUUCUCGCCGGGUCCCUGCGCGAACGCCGCCCCUCGCAGCACGGCUGGGGCCGACCCCGAGCCCCUGAGCGGGGAAGGGGCGGCGGGGGGAGGACGGGGGGGGGAGGAGGAGGAGGAGCCGCCGAUGAGGACCGGAGCCGGCUGCGGGCGCCGCGGCCAUGGCCUGGCCCUGCAUCAGCCGGGUGUGCUGCCUGGCGCGCUUCUGGAGCCAGCUGGACAAGUCGGACCUCUCCGUGCCGCUCACCAUCCACAACUACUCGGCCAUCGACGAGCCCGAGGAGGCGGCCGGGGGGCCCGAGAGCGGCGGCGCUUCCCCCCCGCCCCGGGGCUGCCGCCGCCCGCCCGCCGCCCCCCGCCCGCGGGCCGCCCCCGGGCAGCCGGGGGGCCGCAGGAAGGGCCCUGCCGGGGAGCCCCCGGCGGCGGAGACGCAGUACCGCCGGGACUUCCGAGCCUGGCCGCUCCCGCGGCGGGCACCCUUCCCCUGGGGCGGCGGCCGGGCCGGGGCCGAGCCCCCCGCCGUGCCCGCGGCCGCCCCGAGCCGCGCCGCCUGCCCCCUGCCCGGCCCCGGCGGCCCCGAGCAGCUCCGGCCCCGCUCGCCGCCGGCCGGCGGCCACACCACGUCCUACAGGCAAGAGUAUCGCCCUUGGACUGGAGCAAAACCAUCCAAGCCUAUAAAGACAAAGCAAGGCUUCAUUAUCCCAGAAGACCAUUUUGUUCAAGAGACAAGUUACAAGGCAGAUUUUAAGAUCCCAGAGGUGAAGACCAGGUUCUCCCCCAAUCCUUCUGCUGUUUUCCAGGCACCAUCACGGAUCCUCAACGUAUGAACCUGGACCCUUCUCACACCCAGGCAGCUUAAAUGUGUUUCUGAUAAGAUGUAUCACUAUGCAAUUUUCAUGAGGAGUGUUAAGAUCAAAGCUCCGAUAUUAUCAAAAGCAGCUCUAGUGAUUAGUGAUGUGCACACACAGUUACUCUGAACACGCAAAGCGCUCAAUUCAGAACUGGCAAAACACGCUGCAAGGAACGACCUAGUUUUUCACAGGAGCAGGUUCAUUACUAUGCCAGCUGGCAUCACACUGGGAGAUUGACUUUGGGCAGCGAAGACAGUAUUGCGGACAACAUCCCUAUGCCUAACUGCACAGGGCAGGAGGGCAAACAAUCAUAAUAAGCAGGACAGAUGAUUAAAACCAAAUCAAGUCUUAUUUAGUAGCACCCUCUAAAUAGGCCAGACAGGGAAUGUCUGGCUGACUUCUCAGCUUCCCGAAGUUUUAUGGAAACUAGAAGACAAACCUCUCACACAGACCUCAGAUGGCAUCACCAGAAUUCACUGCAUCAAAGGGGCUGGUCUGAACUUCCAGGGUUGUUUUAGAAACUGGAGGAAGCACAGGGGCAAGCCAGCACUGAUGAACUUUGAAUCUGGCAUAUGCAGUGACUUGGGGCUUUAAGGAUGGAAAGCUGGGUAUUUGCAAAAUUGGAGGGCUGGUGGCAGAGCAAGAGGGGACUGAACUUCUGAAGACAGCCCUGGCCGUGCACCAGCUUGGUUCGGAGAGGAUUGCAUGGACACCGAGUCAGCUAAACACAUACCAGGCUCCCGAGGAUUUAAAUAUGCAUGUAAUUUGUAUAGCUGUUCAGUGUAAAUACUGUAUACGGAUUUUACCUAAAGCAAUUUGUGAUCCUUUAAUGAAAAGGACAUGCUAAUAAUUUUAAUAAAUGUUAACUCUUUGCAUAUGCAAGGUGGAAAAUAUUGCCUUGAAAUUCCUAAAUUACUGCCUGCAUCUUGGUAAUGCUAAUGCUAGGAACAACCAGAAGUGAAUGUUACUUAUAAACUCUUCUUAGAAAUGUAACAUAGAAUGUAAGACAUCCUUCAUUUUUAAGAUAAUACAUUUUAAGUGUCAUUAUUCUAAAGCUGAUUUAUUUAUUUAUUUAUUAACAUUAGCAUGUAUUUAACUUUUGCUGAAGUACAUGUGAGGUACAAAAAACCAUUUUCUUUAGCCUUUGUUAAUCCAGAGUGUAGUGGGUUUACAGUUUUUAUCUCAAGGACUUAUCCAAUAGAAGUAGUUUACUGCUUACUUUAUGUUUUUACUUUUUUUUUUUGAGACAAAAAAGUCACAAAACUUUUACUUUAUGUGUUUGAAACAUACAAAUGUGUUGGCCAGAAUGAAAAGAAACUCCGCAGACUCUAACAAUGAUCACAUAUUAAUUCAUCUGUAAUGAAAUGGACUUUAACACAGGGGAUUUCUUUCUUAACCUCCUCUCUAGCUGAAGUCAAUGGCAAAUUUAAUGAACUUUGGGGACUCUGCAAACACAUAACCAUUGCUGAAGAUUCCCAUAAGAACAGCACUGAAAAUGUUGGCAUGUGGAUUAUAUCAGGAAUUCAUGCAGACAUUACCUUCUCACUGCAUUAUGUGAGAAUUGGAUAUUGCCACCUCUGUGCAUUGUACCAGUAGGACCGAAUGCAACAAGAACAGGUAACAUCUGCAGCAAGCUGUGUUUGGUUGGACAUGGGAUGACACUUCUCCCACUCACUCUUGCUUUUGGACCCAGAGGAACGUACAGUAAUACCAGUGCUUGCCAAAAUCAUUUUUCAGGAGACUCGUUUUUCAAGGAAUUAAUUUGAAACAUUCAAACCGUACUAAAUGUUUUGCAUGUUAGGUGUUUCUAAGAAAAAAAAAUCAAUCUGCUUGAUUAACCUCUUUAUAAUGUUUUUAACAGUUUUGUUCAAACAAUUUCAGUCAUUUCAAUCCUGGGCUUUAACAGAAGAAAAUAGUCUCUCCUCUUAAUUCAGUGUAUUUCUAAAAAAAUCAACCCAGUUUUAAACAAACUGGAAAUAUAAUGAGCUUGUAUUUUAUCAAAUGGACUGGAUUUAAUUUAAUAAAUUA